AUGUCGGAGUCGACGUCAAAGUCGAUCGACGCUGGCGCUGUCGCCGUCAAUGCUAAUGUCAGUGCCCCGGAUUCUCGCGAUCCUGUUGUCGCAACUGCGCCAGCCGAUAGCAAUCCCAAUAAUACUGCGACCGCCAAAACCGACCCGGCAUUCUUGCAUUCGCCUCCCGACAGUAACAACACGGCCAAGUCAGAUGGCUCGGAUUCUGAAUUAAGCGACCUCGAGGACGAGCCUAUUCUCAGCGACCCUCUGCAGCCGACGGACCCUGGCGAUAAAACCACCAGUGAUGAAGACAAGAGCAAGCCCAGUGAUGAUGACAUUGGAGAGGUGCUGCCAGACCACUGGUCUGGCGCUGUUCCCAUCUUUAAGCCAACCAUGCACCAGUUCAGAGACUUUAAACGUUUCAUGGAAGCCGUCGACAGCUAUGGUAUGAAGUCUGGUAUCAUCAAGAUUAUCCCGCCGCAAGAAUGGAAAGACGAUCUCCCCAAACUUGACGACCUCGUCAAACAGGUUAGAGUUCGAGAACCGAUCAAGCAAGAGAUCAUGGGCUCCAACGGCACUUACCGCCAAGUCAACAUUCUACACGGUCGAUCUUACAACCUUCCACAGUGGCGUCAACUCUGUGAUCAGAGCGAACACCAACCCCCGGCCAGACGUGGCGAGCGACGCGCCAAUGCCGAAAAGCCAAAGCCACGAACACGGGCGGCAGCACCUGCACCCAAACCCGUCGAUCCUUCAGUUCCAAAGAAGAGAGGCAGAGGACGACCAGCCAAGAGAGGCGGCAGAGGAAGGCGAGCCAACCCAGAGCCAGUAGAAGACGCAGAGGACCGACCCAUGACCCCGGUCUCUCCCAAGCCUGAUACAGCUGAGGUAGAGGAUAAACCCGUCGAGUCUGUCGAGCAAGAUCCAGGCGAGGAGGUUGAGGAUGACUAUGAGCCCAGGGUUGGCCGUAUGGGCAUCUCUCGACCAGCCAAGACCAAAACCCAGACGGUCUCGGCUCGUCGUAAGUACAGUCGCCGAGAGGGAUCUGCUAUGAUCGACGAAGCUGCAUUUAAGGACUGGGAUUACAAGAUGGACACGUCCGAAUACACACCUGAACGAUGUGAGGAGCUUGAGAGGGCAUACUGGAAAACCCUCACGUAUGCACCCCCUCUUUACGGCGCGGAUCUGAUGGGCACGCUCUUCGACGAGACGACCGAGGAGUGGAACCUGAAUAAGCUUCCCAACCUUUUGGACGUUCUGGGCACCAAGGUCCCAGGAGUCAAUACGGCCUAUCUAUACUUGGGCAUGUGGAAAGCAACGUUCGCAUGGCAUCUCGAAGAUGUCGAUCUCUACAGUAUCAACUUUCUUCACUUCGGCGCACCAAAGCAGUGGUACAGCAUCUCCCAAGCUGAUGCUCGUCGUUUCGAGGCUGCGAUGAAGAACAUUUGGCCCACGGAAGCAAAAUCCUGUGAUCAGUUCCUCCGACACAAGGGAUUCCUCAUUUCCCCACAGCACUUGAAAUCACACUACAAUAUCACCGUCAACAAAGUCGUGUCCUAUCCUGGAGAGUUUGUCGUCACAUACCCAUACGGAUACCAUUCAGGCUAUAACCUUGGCUACAACUGUGCCGAGGCUGUCAAUUUUGCGUUGGACUCCUGGCUCGAAAUUGGUAAGAUUGCUAAAAAGUGUGAAUGCGCUCAAGCUCAGGACAGCGUCUGGGUGAAUGUGUACGAGAUCGAACGCAAGCUGCGCGGUGAGGAAACCGAAUAUGAAGAAACCGAAGAGGAGGAGGAGGAUGAGGAAGAUGACGACGACGAGCAGUCUGGAAUGCCGACACCACCGUCUGCCUCAGGCGUCAAGUUUAAGGAAUCUCGUCGCAAACGAAAGCGCGGACCCGGCGACAAGAGCGGCAAGGUCAAGGUCAAGAAGAUCAGGCUUCACCUCAGGGCCAAGGCUGAGCCCCCUUGCUGUCUCUGCCCCAACGAUACACCGUCAGCAGAGCUGUUGCCCACAGAUGAUGGUAGGAAGGCGCAUCGUCUUUGUGCGCACUACCUGCCAGAGACAUAUAUCGAAACUAUUGAUAAUCAGGAAACUGUUGUCAAUGUGUCGGAGAUCCACAGAGACCGACUGGACCUUAAGUGCCUCUACUGCCGUUCAAAACGGGGCGCAUGCUUCCAGUGCUCCCAGAAGAAGUGUGCCCGAGCGUACCAUGCAACAUGUGCGGCGGCGGCUGGCGUUUUUGUCGAGGAAGAAGAAGUGCCCGUUUUUGGCGAAGACGGUACUGAGUACAAGGAGCAAGCUUUCGAGUUUAGUUGUCGAUUCCAUCGAACUAAACGUGAUAAGAAACUCGACGGGGAACUGUUGGAGACGGAUGCGCGCAUCCAAACAGCAGCUUCAAAGGUCCGGUCAGGCGAGACCUGCCAGUUCCAAUACCACAAGGGUGAUAUUUUUGCUGGUGUUGUGAUUGAAAACAGGGCUGACGAGCAAAUACUCCUCGUUGACAUUUUGCCCAACGGUGAUCGCCUCGAGGUUCAAUGGAAAUGGUUGCUGGUACCUGAUGCAGCUGAUUACCGACUUCCAAAGGCAUCAGCAAAUGCUAUUCCCAUGCCCGCGUCACAAAAGGCCAAGGAGAAGCUGAAGACCAAACGACUUCACGACGGAAAGCCUCAGAAAGACGAUCCGUUUGUUGAAGGCUACACAUGGGCCGAGUUCCAGCUCCAUUCCGCUUCAAAUAAGGAACAGGUCAACAUUGACUUUUCCAAGCCUAACCAAGUUUGGUAUUACUUGCCCAAGACAUCAACCGAUGCUCGCGCACAAUUCACCGAAGAUCCUGCCAAGCAGCGUCACAACCCUCAAGGCAAUUUCCUCUCUACGGUUCCUAAGCCAGUCAAGCCAGUAAGACCGCCAAGGCAAGUGCCGGCCUACGCUCAGCAACAGCCCUACCAGCAUGCGACUCCUUAUAAUGCUGGGCGAAUGGAGAGACCGUAUGUGUAUAAACCACGAAUCCCUGCCGACAGCAAUAUGCCUGCCAUGGGCAGCUUCACCACGCAGAGGUUUGUACCGGCCGCUUCUUUACCUGCUCCACAUCAACAUCAUCCCGCGCAGUACCCAUCAUAUGCGCAGCCAGCACCUCCAGGACAUCAGCCCCCUCAUCCCCCAUAUUCUGCUCAGAGGUUCGAGGUCAGGUCGUCUCCAGCUUACACGCCGCCUGGAAGCACUCCCAGAAUGCACAGUCCUAUGAAUGCACCUGCACACCCUCAGCACACUCAAUGGCCGGGGGUGGCUAGCGUUUCCCACCCUCCCCCUGUGCUUGCACCUGCUGCUGGCGCAAUCCAUCCUUAUCACGGUGCCCAUCAAGCUCCAUACCAAGCACCGGCACCCUACCAGCAGGCUCAUCCUGCUCAGCAGCAGAAUCAUCAAAUGAAAGCAUCUUGGCAGGUACAUCAGUCAAUUUACCAGAAGUAUCCCUUCUUCCAGGUCAACUACAAUAGGGACUCAAGCAAAUACCGAACACCAUAUGCUACUUGGAGAGGCUUCACCAAUGGAUAUGAAGGUAACAUGAGGGCGCACAUUAUGGCCAACCAGGACGCCUUCCUGAGAGGUCAACCAAACAGUUUUAACUACAGCACCCACGGCUCUCCGUCUCAACAGCCUUCUGCAGUUCCACCGCAAGCACCGUCUUCUUCGCAGAUGCCUCCCAGCGGGCAUGAAUUCAGACAACAGACAUUCGUGAAGGGAGUGCCGGCGCCAUCACCAAUGCUGACCCAUCAGACCUCUGGUCAAUUUUCUCGCCCAGCUCUCAAACCGCAGUAUAUGCCCCCGAUACAGGCACAAGCGCAGGAGCAUCCGCAACAACGUCAGCAACCUCAGCCGAACGCUCAACAAGGGCAGAAGCCUCAGGAGGCUACCCAAACCCCUAACCAAAACAGCAAAGUCAAGACUGCGACAGUCUUCAAGCCGUAUAAGAUACCGCCCAAACAGUCGCCAGUGCCAUUGCCGGCGAACUAUUUGGCGGCGAUGACACCGACAUCGACAUCGAAUACUGCAGCCGCAACUGCCGGUCAAUCGGCGCGAAAAGUGCAAGGCACACAACAGUCGCCAUCGGUGACGCAUAAUCCAGGCCGACAGCCACUUGGCGCUAAGAUCUCCAAGACGCCCAUACCGGUUCCACGACUGCCGGGUUUCAUGCCUGCCUCGACAUCUAGAGAACAAGCUGCUUCACUACAAAAGCACGUGCCGGAUCAGAAUCAGUCAAGCCAGCGUUUACCUGUGCAUCAGGGCGGUCCAGUGACGCCUGUAGCUACACAAGAGCAGAUGGCAUCGUCUGUUCGGGAUGGCAAGCUUGCACUUACCAGCACGAACCCGGGGAAUAUGCCCCAGACACUAUCAGAGGAGCAAGCCAUUCCCAUUCAACCACACGAUUUCCCCGACGUUCCUGGAAGCGAAUCCAUGAAAUUCCUGGAUAAUAUCUUGAAGAACGUCCGUAUCCUCGCACGUCAUGACGAGUAG